AAAAAGAGAGACAGCAGAUGAAGCAGAUCAAAACGGCAACAGAUGCAGAGUAUGGUACUCUGACCGUGAAAGUGUCUGGGUAUGACAUGAUCCUAGUGGAACACUACUCCCAGUACAUCUACAACCUCUGCAAUCGGCUAGGUGUCAAAGUGGCUGAGCGAUAGAUUUCAAGACACUGUGUUACUGGCCUCACUCUGUGAUUUUAUGUCCCAAAUAUCCAUGUCUGUUGCAAAGUUCAUAAUGCUUCAAUAGGAGGCACAUAUUUGGCCCUCUUGCAUAGCAUGGAAUUACAUCAUCCAAGGUCUUUGAUUUAUUAAUUGAUUGACAAUUUGUCAAAUACAUACAUAAGGGCGCUCCAGCCGGUGACGCCUCCACAUACAAUUGAAGAAAAUCAUCAAGGAUAACACAAUAAAGCUUAACAGCUUAUUUCCAUUGUGGUUCUUAACAAACCUUAAAGGAAUGAACUAUUCUCUUCUCAUCUCAGCUAUGCAUUGCCCACUAAGAGCACAGAAGUCAUGGUCAUGCCGGAGCAAGGGACCAAGAUGUAUGUAGAAGCCAUCCCCAUGAGCGAAUUGUUCAGGUAAUAGUGUUUUGAGUGUUAAUAAUGUGUUCUCUGAACUUUUGGCAGUUGCACUGACAUAACUUUUCACUCUAGAGCAUUAAUAAGUGUUUUGUAUUGUGUUCACAGCUCAGCCAACUAAACACCACAUUAUGCCCCAUCUUUAUGGAGGUUCUGUUGAAGAAUCAGCCAGAGGGGGUUCAACUCUCUGUAAAGCCAGUGAGCAUCUUCCGUCUGUGUUGACCUCUGCAUGACUUUUCUUUUGCACAUGGAUCAUAUCCUAUAUCUAUGUAAACUUCUUUUGUUAGUAAUUGUUCAAUGUCAUAACACUUGCUUUUAUGUUUCCCCCAGCACACAGAGGCAGAUUACAAAAGCCUGUUUCAAGGCACGUCCAGAGCUAGGGGGACUGAUGGCACAGAUGACCUAGUGAGAGCAAAGACUGUCCACCCCACCCUUUUACCUCAACUGUCAUCAUACUUUUUCUGACAUCUACCUUUUCACCUUUGAAGCAGUGGAUGCCUAUGCAUAUUUUUUUCCAUCGUAUUUUAUUUUAAUCAUGACAUGUACAUAUAAUAAAUGAGUUGUGGGUGAAUGUAGGACAUAUACAUUGCUGUUGUAGCUUCAAAUAAAAUAUUUAUUCUAAAAUCCAACUAGUUGGUGUCACGAUCGUCGUAAUGAGUGGACCAAGGCGCAGCGUGAAAUGCGUACAUCUUUUAUUGAGUACUAUUAACAAUAACAAAACGAAACGAAACGUGAAGUCCUCGGUCAUAAACACAAACCUACACGGAACAAGAUCCCACAAAUGACAAGUGCACAAAAGGCUGCCUAAGUAUGGUUCCCAAUCAGAGACAACGAGCAACAGCUGUCUCUAAUUGGGAACCACCCUGGCCAACAUAGAAACACAUAAACUAGAAUAAGAACAUAGAAAACGAAACAUAGAACUACACAUCGAAACUGACACCCUGACUCAACAUAUAAGCGUCCCUAGAGCCAGGGCGUGACAGUACCCCCCCCCCCUGCGACCGCGCCAACUAAACCCAACAGGGGAGAGGCCGGGUGGGCAUUCCGCCUCGGAGGCGGAUCCGGCUCCGGGCGUGACUACCCCCCCCGUAGCGCCCCUGGUCUGGUCUGGCCCCGCUGGCUGGAGCUGGACUGGACAUCGGUGGAGCGGAUUGCUUAGGCUCCGGUGUGGAGCAGCUGACCGGUACCUGACCAGGCACCGGUGAAACAGGCACGGGCUGUGCCGGACUGACGAUGCGCACCACAGGCUUGGUGCGGGGAGCAGGAACGGGCCGGACCAGGCUGACGACACGCACCACUGGCUUGGUGCGGGGAGCAGGAACAGGCCGGACCGGGCUGGCGACGCGCACCACUGGCUUGGUGCGGGGAGCAGGAACAGGCCGGACCGGGCUGGCGACGCGCACCACAGGCUUGGUGCGAGGGGCAGGAACAGGCCGGGCCGGGCUGGCGACGCGCACCCCAGGCUUGGUGCGAGGGGCAGGAACAGGCCGGGCUGGGCUGGCGACGCGCACCCCAGGCUUGGUGCGAGGGGCAGGAACAGGCCGGGCCGGGCUGGCGACGUGCACCACUGGCUUGGUGCGGGGAGCAGGAACAGGCCGGACCGGGCUGGCGACGCGCACCACAGGCUUGGUGCGAGGGACAGGAACAGGCCGGGCCGGGCAGGUGACGCGCACCACAGGCUUGGUGCGAGGGGCAGGAACAGGCCGGGCCGGGCUGGCGAAGCGCACCACAGGCUUGGUGCGAGGGGCAGGAACAGGCCGGGCCGGCGACGCGCAUCACAGGCUUGGUGCGAGGGACAGGAACAGGCCGGACCGUACAGGGAACACACACCACUGGCCUUGUGCGGGGAUCAGGAACGGGCCGGACCGGACUGGUAACACACCCCAGUACCUCUCGCCGUGCCUCUACACUCUCCUUCCCUCUAAUGACCAAUGGCCCCCGUAACCUGGUAGCCUUCUCUCCUAGUCCACAAUCUCGCCCUGUAGCUGCCUCCAGCAGCCCCGUCGUCCAUGCCGUGUGCCCCCCCAAAAAAUUUUUCUUGGGGUUGCCUCUCGCCUGUCCGACGACGGCCCGGUUGGCGCCGCUUCUCCUCUCCUGCCUGGGUCUCCCCCUUCAUCGCCCUCCAGUAACGGACGGCCUCCUCCUCCGUUAUCCUCCCCCAACCGAGGAGGACAUCUACCAACGUUACCUCCGGCGUUUGCUCCUGGAAACGCUGCUUGGUCCUGUUUUGGUGGGAUCUUCUGUCACGAUCGUUGUAAUGAGUGGACCAAGGCGCAGCGUGAAAUGCGUACAUCUUUUAUUGAGUACUAUUAACAAUAACAAAACGAAACAUGAAGUCCUCGGUCAUAAACACAAACCUACACGGAACAAGAUCCCACAAAUGACAAGUGCACAAAAGGCUGCCUAAGUAUGGUUCCCAAUCAGAGACAACGAGCCACAGCUGUCUCUAAUUGGGAACCACCUCGGCCAACAUAGAAACACAUAAACUAGAACAAGAACAUAGAAAACGAAACAUAGAACUACACAUCGAAACUAACACCCUGGCUCAACAUAUAAGAGUCCCUAGAGCCAGGGCGUGACAGUUGGUUUAUUCUUGGUGUAUAAAUUGCUUCAUCGGAUGCGAAAAGCAAGAGUAAGGUCAAUCAGUGUACUGAAAACAUGUAUUUAUCAAUGGAUUAACGGUGGUUUGACUGAUUGCAUAGAUAAAGCACAACCAGAGGCAGACGUGUUUAUGGCCUGGCUGACAGUAUGCGUUGACAGAGUUAGAGGCGAAGCGGGCCAAAAUCUGGUCAUGUCUAGAAGUGAUACAGAUUUUGUAAAAGUUGUCAUAGUCCCGUUUAUUACGAGAGUUUGCGUGUUCUACAGCAGACAGGACUUGAUUUCCACAUAAUCGCUAGCUAGCAGUACCAUUGGGGAGCUCGCUACAACUCCCUAAUAAAUAUACUUUCUACUGAGCACUACAUUCCAUGAUGUAAAUACAAACAUGAAUUGUUAUCAGCCAGUAAUAUGGCAUGAGAGAGAAAAAAAGAACAGUCAUUGGCUGCUUAGAUUUCAUUUUUAUUAUUAUUUUCCUUUAAAAACACCAAAAACAUGUGGAACUCUUUAUAAAAAAUACAAAAAAACAGUGGAACCUUCGCUCUCCUAAUAUAAAGUCGAACCCUCUCCACUACCCUCUUCUCCACUGCCUCCUGUCCCCUCUUCUGUCUCCUCUUCCAUUUAUUCCCCCUCCUUGUCUCACUGCUCCUCUUUUCCCUUCCAGUCCCCUCUAUUUUUUCUCCUGAAAAGUAACAAAAUAUUGUCUGGAUAGAUAUGUUAGACCUGGUGGAGAUGUUUGAAUAGGUGUAAGUAUUAUAAUGGCUGAUACAACCCUAACCCUUGUUUGAUUGGUUAGUGUGUAGUCCUAGAUUUGUUUUAUCUGCUGUAUGUAGUGUGGUGUUUUGUAUGUUAGGAUAUGUUAUGUAUAUUUAGAUGUGUGUUAACUCCCACUGAUGUUCCUUAACAUUUUAUUUACCUUACCUUGUUUUACCUUGUUCCCAGCAUCUGGGUUCUUGUGCUUAAGACAGGAGAGGAAGAGGGUGAGAUGGAAUAUAUUUAGCAUGUCUGGGUGAGGAGGGCAAAAUAAAAUAUUCUUACCCAUCAUCUCUCUUCUCCUCUUUGUCCCGCUGCCAGAUCCAUCCAUAUAACCUCACUAACAGGUAAUCUAACAGGUCAGUGAGGCGUGAGAUUACUGUGUCCAUGUACUCAUUGUCCUGGAGGUGAUAUGUGAGCUCUGAGAUGUCUCGCAGCAGGCUACCACACUGCUGGCAUCUUUUGGUCUUAGUCUUGCUCAAAUGGCUGGCAGGGGUGUCUUAAGUGGGAGGGGAGGCCUCUGGCAGGGGUGUCUUAAGUGGGAGGGGAGGCCUCUGGCAGGGGUGCGUCUCAGGCACACGUUGUCAAGGGAAAUCAGAGGGUUGUCCCUGUAUGUUUUGUUGAGUUGCUUCUAACCCUCCAACCUAUCGAACACUGCGCAGAAGUGCUGACAGGGUUUCUAAGCCAAUCCUUGCAGGUGUAUGUUGGCAUGUUGUUGCCAGGGCCAAAACUGGAGUACUUCACAUUCAGCUCGAAGUUUCUUUAAUCAUAAUAAAUAAGAAUACGAGAUCAGGAAAAUCAUCAAAAUGUUAUUCAUUUGACCUUACUUCUGAUUGGUUUUUAGAAGAAAAUAAAUCCAUGACCACUACAGAGAGCAGUUCACUGAGGCUGCAGUUUUUGUAUCCCUCUAAGAAUGAAUGCUUGAGGGUCUCAUUCUGCCUUUCAACACCAUUGUUUGUGAAAAUGGCCAACUUGAGAGAUUCGCCCCUGAACACAUUCACCCAUCUCUUUUGACAGAGACAUGACAUUGUUGAAAAUAACUACCAAAACAAAUAUGCAAUAUUCAACUGACAAGGCAUCUAAUCAUACAAAAUGCAUAGUAAGAAUUAAUACAUAGAGAUAGACAAUUUAUGCCCACCUUGGCUUGAGGUAGCCAUUUGAUGCUGAACCACCUCCUGAGCUUCUCAUUGGUCUCCCAAGCUGUUGUGUGGUUGAGGGCAAGGACACGCUUGUGAAACUCUUUCUCUAUGGGAUUGCCUGCAGAAGACUGAGGACUUCGUCCUGGCAGCUGACUCCAUUGUCCUUCUUGUGUAUCCAUUCCACCCAGACUUUGGACUC